GCCAAACGAUAAAACGAACCCACCAUUGUUGAAACUACCCGCGCCUCUUGUGCGGCGAGGUGAACAGAUAGUCGAUCAUACUGCGGCAACUGCGCUCUGUCUUCAUCUCAAUGGGAAGCUUAUCAGGGUUUCGCCCCCCUCAAUUCUCAGAGGAUGGGGCAUGGCUACCUUUUUGGCUUCAGCAGGAAGACUGUGAUGCCGAAGCAUCUGUUCUGGGAAUUGAGCAAGGGCAAUCUUCGCCGGAGCCAUGUGUUGAGGGACACCACAAUUAUCAGAAACAUGUCUGCAACAUCAGUGCUGACGAAUUUCUAGGGGAGGAAGGCAGAUAUACCAAUUGUCAUUUAUAUUUAUCUGGAGAUGACAGUUCACUGCUCACUGCCACUCAGUCUAUUGAUAAUGCGCCUCAAUACCACCUUCAUCUAUCACUGGAUUGUAGUUCGGUGGGAAUGCCAAGCCCGUGUAUUGAUGCAUUUCACGUUGAGAGGAAUGAAAUAUAUUCUGAUCUACAUGUGCAAAACCCUGAAGUUCCAGAGCCAAAAGCAAACAAUGUAUUAAAUGCAGAACAGAACAUUGAUGCUAUUGCCUGCUCUUUAGUUCCUGAAUUUCAAAGAACCGAGAAUGAUAUGACCAUGAAGGAGCUUGAAGAAAAAUCCAGAUCAUUAGAAGUUGAGAAAAUGUGUGAUGCAGUUGUAAUGAGCUGUUCUUUAGCUCCUGAAUGUGACAGGGCACCAGAAGAUCAGAGUUUGGAGGGUCUUGACGAAGAUUCCAGAUUAGUAGAAAUUGAGCAAACAGAUGAUGCAGUUGAGAUGUCUAUUUCAGCUUCUGAAGCACUAGUUAUUCAUGAAGUUUUCAGAACUCUGUCCUCAGAAUUGCCAGUUUCCUCUGUGUUGGAAGCCGCACUUCAGUUGAAACAAGCUCGCUUAGAAGUCUGGAAAGAUUCUCAUGAGACCAGCUGCAAUUCAUUAUUAGAAGAGGAAAUUACUGAUACCGAAUAUUGUUUAGGUUCAGAAGAUAUACAUAAGGAAAAUGUCCAUGAUCACUUAGAAGGUGAUAACUUAAGUGUUUCUCAAGUGAAAGACACUCUUGACUCCGAAAAUUGUGGACAAGAGAGAAAAUCUGAACUGAAAGUUGUGGACAAGACAGAAAAUCAAAACCUUUGGUUGUUCAGCUACCUGAUACUGAACGAAAUCUACAUGGCAAUGACUUCACAAACCGCAAAAUGGAGGUUCAUGAGAAUGAUCAUCAGUUAAAACAGAACACAGUUGGAUCAUAUGAUUG